AUGCAGAAUUAUGUUUAUGACAUAGAUUCAAUUAGAGGAUUAAAUCUAUCUUUAAAGAUUCCUUUGAGUCUGUUUGCAUAUAUGGUUGAUGAAAUUUAUAAAUUUACUCUUUCAUAUUAAAGUGCCUUUUCACUUUAAGGAAUGAUGUAGAUAUUUUAACGUGAAUCUGUAUAGAUGGAAAUUCUUGAAGCUGAAUUUUGCAUUAAUAGUUAUGUUUAUUUGAUACGUUUUGUUUAAAAGAAUAAUAUAUCAGCAGACCAUUUAAAUAAAUGGCUUAAGGAAAAUACACUUGUAUAAGAUGAACAUAGAGAAUAUAUAACUAAAGUAUUAUAAGGUUUUGAUCCUGAAGCAGUAAAAAAAGUAUUGAGUCUAGGAAAGUUGAAAGAGUUGAAAUGGACAGUAAACUAAUACAAUGGAGAUGUUAAAUAUCCAAAUUUAAAGAAAUUGUAUAUUUUAUUAGAAUUCCAUAUUCAAGAUGAGAAGGGAAAUCUUUAAAAGCAAAUUAUUAAUCUAACUAUCCAAGAAUUCAAAAUGCUUUAAAUGGAAUUCAAAGAAAUUGGUGAUAUCCUGAGAAGUUUUAUGUGA